CGGCGCGGCGGGGCGCGGGCAUAAAGGGGCGCGGCGCGGUGCGGCGCCCCAGCGCCCGGCUCCCGCGAAGCAUGCCCGCCCGCGCCCCGCCGCGCCGCCCGCGGCCUCUGCCGCUUUCGCUGCUGCUGCUGCUGCUGGGCCUAGGCGGCCGCCGCCUGCGCGCCGAGCCCGGCGACGGGGCGCAGACCUGGGCCCGCUUCGCGCAGCCUCCGGCCCCCGAGGCCGCCGGCCUCCUCCACGACACCUUCCCCGACGGCUUCCUCUGGGCCGUGGGCAGCGCCGCCUACCAGACGGAGGGCGGCUGGCGGCAGCACGGCAAGGGCGCGUCCAUCUGGGACACGUUCACCCACCACCCCCCGGCGCCCUCCGGCGCCCCCCCGGUAGCCCGCCCGCCGUCGGGCGCCCCGUCGCCGUCCCCGCCCGCUACCGGGGACGUGGCCAGCGACGGCUACAACAACGUCUUCCGCGACACGGAGGGGCUGCGCGAGCUCGGGGUCACCCACUACCGCUUCUCCAUCUCGUGGGCGCGGGUGCUCCCCAAUGGCAGCGCGGGCGCCCCCAACCGCGAGGGGCUGCGCUACUACCGGCGCCUGCUGGAGCGGCUGCGGGAGCUGGGCGUGCAGCCCGUGGUCACCCUGUACCACUGGGACCUGCCCCAGCGCCUGCAGGACGCCUACGGCGGCUGGGCCAACCGCGCCCUGGCCGACCACUUCAGGGAUUACGCCGAGCUCUGCUUCCGCCACUUCGGCGGCCAGGUCAAGUACUGGAUCACCAUCGACAACCCCUACGUGGUGGCCUGGCACGGCUAUGCCACCGGGCGCCUGGCCCCUGGCGUCCGGGGCAGCGCGCGGCUCGGGUACCUGGUGGCGCACAACCUCCUCCUGGCUCAUGCCAAAAUCUGGCAUCUCUACAAUACUUCCUUCCGUCCAACUCAGGGAGGCCAGGUCUCCAUCGCCCUAAGCUCCCACUGGAUCAAUCCUCGAAGAAUGACCGACCACAGCAUCAAAGAAUGUCAAAAGUCUCUUGACUUUGUACUAGGCUGGUUUGCCAAACCCAUAUUUAUUGAUGGUGACUAUCCUGAGAGCAUGAAGAAUAAUCUUUCACGUCUUUUGCCUGAUUUUACUGAAGCUGAGAAAAAGUUCAUUAAGGGAACAGCUGACUUUUUUGCUCUUUCUUUUGGACCAACCUUGAGUUUUCAACUAUUGGACCCCCACAUGAAGUUCCGCCAGUUAGAAUCUCCCAGCCUGAGGCAACUCCUUUCUUGGAUUGACCUUGAAUAUAACCACCCUCAAAUAUUUAUUGUGGAAAAUGGCUGGUUUGUCUCAGGGACCACCAAGAGAGACGACGCCAAAUAUAUGUAUUACCUCAAAAAAUUCGUAAUGGAAACCUUAAAAGCCAUUAGGCUGGAUGGGGUGGACGUCAUUGGGUACACGGCCUGGUCCCUUAUGGAUGGCUUCGAAUGGCACAGAGGUUACAGCAUCAGGCGUGGACUCUUCUAUGUUGACUUUCUAAGCCAGGAUAAGAAACUGUUGCCGAAAUCUUCAGCCUUGUUCUACCAAAAGCUGAUAGAGAAAAAUGGCUUCCCUCCUUUACCUGAAAAUCAACCUCUAGAAGGGACAUUUCCCUGUGACUUUGCUUGGGGAAUUGUUGACAACUACAUUCAAGUGGACACCACUCUGUCUCAGUUUACCGACCCGAACGUUUACCUGUGGGACGUCCACCACAGUAAGAGGCUAAUUAAGGUGGACGGGGUUGUGACCAAGAAGCGGAAGUCCUACUGCGUGGACUUUGCUGCCAUCCGGCCCCAGAUAGCCUUACUCCAGGACAUGCACGUUUCCCAUUUUCACUUCUCCCUGGACUGGGCCCUGAUCCUGCCGCUGGGCAACCAGUCGCAGGUGAACCACACGGUCCUCGACUACUACCGCUGCGUGGUCAGCGAGCUCGUGCGCGCCAACAUCACCCCGGUGGUGGCGCUCUGGCGACCCGCGGCCCCGCACCAAGGGCUGCCGCGGCCCCUGGCCAAGCACGGAGCCUGGGAGAACCCCCACACCGCCUCGGCUUUUGCAGAGUACGCCCGGCUGUGCUUCAAGGAUCUCGGCCACCACGUCAAGUUCUGGAUCACGAUGGGCGAGCCGUACACACGGAACAUGACCUACAGCGCGGGGCACAAUCUUCUGAAGGCUCACGCGUUGGCCUGGCGCGUGUACGAUGAAAACUUUCGGGGCUCUCAGAAGGGGAAAAUAUCCAUAGCCCUGCAGGCCGACUGGAUAGAGCCGGCCUGCCCUUUCUCCCAAAAGGACAAAGAGGUGGCAGAGAGAGUUUUGGAAUUUGACAUUGGCUGGCUGGCCGAGCCCAUUUUCGGCUCUGGGGAUUAUCCGCGUGUGAUGAGGGACUGGCUCACGCAGAGAAACAAUUUCCUUCUACCUUAUUUCACUGAAGAUGAAAAAAAGCUGAUCCGGGGUUCCUUCGACUUUCUGGCUGUAAGCCAUUACACCACCAUCCUCGUCGACUGGGAAAAAGAAGAUCCAAUGAAAUACAACGAUUACCUGGAGGUGCAGGAAAUGACCGACAUCACGUGGCUCAACUCCCCCAGUCAGGUGGCAGUAGUGCCCUGGGGCUUACGCAAAAUUCUCAACUGGCUGAAGUUGAAGUACGGAGACCUCCCCAUGUAUAUAAUAUCCAACGGCAUAGACGAUGAUCCGCAGGCAGCGCAAGACAAGCUGAGGGUGUAUUACAUGCAAAAUUAUGUAAAUGAAGCUCUGAAAGCCUACAUAUUGGAUGGUGUCAAUCUUUGUGGAUACUUUGCUUAUUCAUUCAAUGAUCGCACAGCUCCAAAGUUUGGCUUCUAUCAUUAUGCUGCAAAUCAGUUUGAGCCCAAACCGUCCAUGAAACAUUAUCGGAAAAUGAUUGACAACAAUGGCUUCUCGGGUCCUGAAACUCUGGGGAGAUUUUGUCCAGAAGAAUUGACCCUGUGCACCGAAUGCGGCUUUUUUCAUACCCGCAAAUCUUUACUGGCUUUCAUAGCUUUCCUACUUUUUGCUUUUAUUAUUUCUCUUUCUCUGAUUUUUUACUACUCUAAGAAAGGCAAAAGAAGUUACAAGUAGUCCUGACCUUUUUCCUAUUCAUUUACUUUGAAAUGAUUAUGCACACACAUCAGCUGUUCACCAUUUGCACUUCUCAGUGUCGUAAGACUGGAUUUCACUUAUCUGACUUCUAGAAAAAAAAUGUGUGGCGUAUGACAGAGGUAUGGAAGUGAGCAUAGGUGAUUGUAAAAUACUGACUAAUGUGAAUAGUGCCUGGAUUUGUUCUUUCUUGGAGGAUGAUCAAAAACGGUUAGGGGCCAUCAUCUCUGCAACACAUUCUGUAACAAAUGUAUGGGAAGUGGGACCCAUUCUGGAACAUUUUUAUAGAAAUGGAAUAGCAAGAUCAGUGCCCGUUCCUAAAUUAUCUUGAAGUAAAACAAAUGUGGAAAUAAAAAGUUAAGUCCCAAAUAACCAUCUCUAAACUUCCAUGAUACGCCUAAUGGUCUCUGUUGGACCCAGUUUCCCUUGAAAAAGAAAUGGUAGAAUAUUAGAGACAUGACAGAGGGCCCUAGGCUAGAACGUUCCUUUUAAAAGCAGUGUUUCUAUCAAAUGCUGCUAAUAUUAAUUUACAUAUCUGGUUAAUGAUGUACUUAGCAGAGCAAAUUGUAGAAUUUUAUUUUAUGUGACUUUCAAGGCGCUUUUCAGGCCCUGGGGUCCUUGAGGGCUUUGUGUCACUGGGGCCUUGUCAAGGGUCUGUACAUAGAGGGCUUUAAAUGUGUGCAGAAAAAUAAAUAUGAAUCAUGAGAUGUCGGACUCUUCAGGAAGCAUAAACUGAUCGUGCAAUUCAUUAUACUGUGUGGCGAGGAGGAAAGGAGGAAAAAGUGCAUAUUAUGAGCAACAGUAUGAUUAAUUUGAUUAGAAACCCUUUGAUUUUAGAGCACUCCUUUCCAUGAAUGAUGUGACCUUUCCUGAGUGAACAAGAACGAAAUAAUCACUCAUCCUAUGAAGAGUGACUUCACUUGCUGUUCUUUAGAAAGUGCCCUGAUUUCUUUGAAUCGAGUUUUUAAAAAUUCUUACUAGGUUCGCAUUUGGUCUGAUAACACUGGAAGAUUUAUUUCUGUGAUCGCUGAGGUUUAUUUUCUAUUUUUGCUGCACCUUCUGUGGAACUAGCUUUGAAGUAGUUUUGCUUUGAACUUUCACACUGAAACAUGCUACUGAUUUCUAGAAAGGGCUAAUGAGGUCUUAUCUUUUAAUGCCCCUUAAACAAGUUUUGCUGAUUUUCAGACAGGGGUCUUUCUAUGACACUGGAGUUGUGGACGAUCAUAAUGUUUGUUUUAUAGAUAAGCCAGUAUCGUAUCAGGCAAGGUAAACCACUAUCGUAGCAGGCAUAACUAAUCUUGCCGACACAGGGUUAUAGUGUAUAAUAAAAUGUUGUACUGUAUUAUGUAUCAUCUUUAGAGGUGGUAUGAUUUUUUUCCAUGAAAGAUAAGCUUUUGUUGGUAUUCUUUUAAAAAUGGGAAUUAUUAUUAAAAUUAGAAACUAGAGAACAAUAGUUUCUCUUAUGUAUAUAUAUUUUUCUGAUUAUAAGAGUAAUAUAUGUUCAUUGUAAAAAAAUUUUAAAAACACAGAAACUAUACGUAAAGAGAGAAAAUUACUUGUCAUCGCACCCAGGUAGUCACUAUUACCGUAGCCUGUGUAUUUUAUUUUACAUAAUUAGAGUCAGAUCAUAUUGUAAAUAGUUGUGUAUCUUUAUUAAUUUUUAUUGUGUGUUUCCUUUGUCAUUAGUCUUCAAAAACAUGAUUUCUAAUAGUCGUAGAGUAAUUCCACUACACAAAUUUAUCACAAGUUAUUUAACCAUUCCUAUCAGUUGAACUAGUUUCUUAUUGUAAAUUACUGUUAAAUAAUGUUGUUUAAAAGUUUUCUUGCUACCAUAUUAAUUUUCAUUCCCUUGAGUGUAGACAGAAGCAAUUCUGUCCCUUGAUGAAGUAUUGUAAUAAAUCUGCCUGC